CCGCGAGGGGGCAGCAGGUCGGAAAGCGUCUUCCAGUCGAGAUCUUCGAUGAUUGUGAUUUGAAAAGUGUCCGAAAGAAACAGCGGCUGGAAGGAAAUGAGACAAACUGCCUGUCGUUAAAAAAAAGAAAAGAAAAGAAAAGAAAACGCUCACAAACACAAGAAGAUGACAAGAGCUUCUCUUUUGCCCGUUUUCAUUUGUGUGUUCGUGUCGUUGCUUACCAAUGGAAAAUGGAUGGAUGGCUGUUCCGUUUGCAAACGUGCGUGAGGCUUCGCCCGAAUUUUAACGACUGAGAACUAACCCAGAAGAAAUCGGAAGCGUCGCGUUUGUCGGAGUUCCGGAGUGAGACCUCUUCCUCUGCGGUGCAUCUCGUCAAGCGGAGUUUGUCGGAACUCAAGAGUGAGACCUCCCUCUUUCCCUGGCGCCCUUCUCCGCCUGACGUCACGGGGAAUUUCCCGAAGGGAAGCAAACGAACGUUCGGUGCUGGAGAUCAUUGCUUGGAUUUGGACCUUUUCCAUCAAGAACCAGUAAGGCGAGUGCGCGCCCGCCUCACCUGGGCAAAGCAACCUUCUCGGAGGUUCGUGUUGAGGAUGCCGUCGUCGCUCGUGUGCGUCAAGUUCAAUUCCCAAAUGCAACGAACCAAGUGAGGCCGGCGACAGCUUCAAAGGCAACAUGGCGGGAGACGAGCACUUCCUUCCCGUCAGCAGUCAGAUACUGGACACGCUGAUCACGGACCCGUCGUGGGACUUUGCGCCCUUCCCCGCGCCGUCCCCGAGGACGGGCGGCGACGUCGCUUCCCCCCGCGCGGGAAGUUGUGUGCAGUCGGCCCCCGUUUAUUGCAGGGCGGGGGGGGACGGCCCCUUCCUGCAAAUCCUGGAGCAGCCCAAGCAGCGAGGUUUCCGCUUCCGUUACGGCUGCGAGGGUCCGUCCCACGGCGGCCUGCCGGGAGCGUCCAGCGAGAAGAACAAGAAGACGUAUCCCGCCGUCAGGAUCUGCAACUACCAGGGUCCGGCCCGCGUGGUGGUCCAGCUGGUGACGGCGCUGACGCCCGUGCCCCAGCUGCACGCCCACAGUCUGGUGGGCAAGCAGUGCGACAAGGGCGUCUGCAUCGUCGACGUGGCGCCAAAGGAGGCCGACGUCGCCUUCCCCAACUUGGGCAUCCAGCACGUGACCAAGAAGAACGUGGCCAAGACGUUGGAGGAGCGCAUGGCCGAGGCCGUCCGGAUGGGCUACAACUUCGGGGCCGCCGUUCACCCGGACCUGGACUCCCUGCGGGGCGAGGCCCGCGCGCCCCGACAGCUCACCGAGCACCAGCGCGCGUUGAUCGGCGCCGCGGCGUGCGCGCAGGCCAAGGAGAUGGACCUGAGCGUGGCGCGCCUCAUGUUCUCCGCCUUCCUGCCCGACAGCGACGGCGGCUUCAGCAGGCGCCUCCAGCCCGUCGUGUCGCAGCCCAUCUACGACAGCAAAGCUCCAAACGCGUCCAACCUGAAGAUCGUCAGGAUGGAUCGGACGGCCGGCUGCGUCAGCGGCGGCGAGGAAGUCUACCUCCUGUGUGACAAAGUCCAGAAAGACGACAUCCAGGUGCGCUUCUUCGAGGAAGACGACUCCGGCCCCACCUGGGAAGCCCUGGGGGAUUUCUCGCCCACGGACGUGCACAGACAGUUCGCCAUCGUCUUCAAGACGCCCAAGUACCGAGACCAGAACCUGCAGAAGCCCACCUCGGUGUCGGUGCAGCUCAAGAGGAAGUCGGACAACGAGACCAGCGAGCCCAAACCCUUCACGUACCACCCGCGGAUCAUCGACAAAGAGGAAGUGCAGAGGAAGCGUCAGAAGACCUUGCCCAACUUCCAGAACUUCAGCGGCCACGGGGGAGGAGGAGGAGGAAGUCUGUACCGAGGGGGCCCCCCGAGACCCCCUGGAGCAGGAGGAGGCCCGGGCUCAGCUGGAGGAGGCUACUUCCAGGGUUUCUCGACCUUCAACUACGGGAGAGGGAUGGGAGACGGACCCCGUCCCGCCGGCUACUCGGCAGGUCUUGCGGGAGGCGGAGUCAAACACGACUCUCACAGUGACUCGUUAGACGACGACGACGGCGACGACGACACCGCGUCGUGCGCUGCGUCGCGGCCACCCCGCCGACAGGAAGCCCGCGAAGACGGCGACGCGUUGACGGAUGUGAACGCGUCAGCCUUCUUCCUGUACGCCGCCACGGGCGACGCUGCGUACCUGUUAGCCCUCCGGCGCCCCCUAAUGGGGGCGCAGGACGAGGACGGAGACACUGGCCUCCACCUGGCCGUCCUCCACAGACAGCAGGAGGCGCUGUCCAGUCUGACGCGGGUGCUCGCCGCCGCGCCGGGAGACGGACUUGCGGACACGAGGAACCACCUCCACCAGACUCCUUUGCACCUGGCGGUGAUCACGCGGCAGACGGCGGCCGCGUCGGCGCUGCUGGCGGCCGGGGCGGACCCGACGCUGAUCGACCGCCACGGCGACACGCCGCUGCACCUGGCGGCGCGGCAGGGAGGGGCCAUGGUGCGCUUGUUGCUCCAACACCGCGACGUCAGAGGAAGCGUGGACGCCUGCAACGCCGCAGGCAUGUGCGCCAUCCACCUAUCGGUGGUGGCCAAUCAGCUGCCGUCACUGCGAGAGCUCCUGGAAGGCGGGGCCGACGUGGACGCUCAGGAGCAGGGCGGGGGGAGGACGGCCCUGCACCUCGCCGCCGAGGCCGACAACGUGUCGCUCGCCGGCUGCCUGCUGCUGGAGGUAAGCGAGCGUGACCCCGCCGCCCCCUCCGAUGAUGUCGCGGCGACGCGUCUUUGUGGUCGCCAGGGCAACGCCGAGGUGGACUGCUGCACCUUCAACGGCUCCACCCCCCUGCACAUUGCCGCCGGGCGGGGCUCCGUCAAGCUCACGGCGCUACUCAUGGCUGCGGGUGCAGAUCCUCACAAGGAGAACCUGGAGCCUCUAUUCUUCAAAGGAGAGGAUGAAGAUGAAGAAGACGAGGGCUACGUUCCAGGGACCAGCCCCGUCAACAUGGCCGCCACCGAGCAGGUCUUGGAGCUUCUCAGCGGAAAGGAGUACCGGCCCAAAGGUCACGGCGUUGUUCUUUGGCCUCAGGGUGACCUGUCGAGGCUCAGCGCCCAAGCGAAGACGGCGCUGUGCGACGCUUUGGCGAGCGAAGGGUGCUGGGAGAAGCUGGCUCACGCUUUGGGUCUGGGGAUCCUCAAUGCAACCUUCAGACUCAGCCCGAACCCCGUCAAGACCCUCGCGGAGAGCUACGAGGUGUCCGGCGGCACGGCCCGAGACCUGCUGGCCGCUCUGAGAUCCGUCGGCUCGCGCCGAGCGCUGAGCGUCCUGGAGGGGGCGCUGCGUUGCCACGACGACAGUCACGACCGGACGACGACGACGGGCGGCGACGGCGCGGCCUGCCUUCGGACGGCCGACCUCGAGGCGGACGGCGAACGUCCGGACGGACAUUUGGACAGCGGCGCGUGCGACUGCGGGGUGGAGUUUUCCGCCGCGUGAUUGGCCCUUCCUCGCCGUGGACCCUGCUUCUCUUUCCCCCCCACCGCCCCCCCCCCCCAGUCCAACUCCCUCCACCGCAAGACCAGUUUUCGAGCCGGGAUGCCUUUGUCCCGCCCGCCCCGGCAAGAAUUAAAACUUGAAAUGGUUACAAUUACGUUGUCAAGAAGUUUCCAGGAACCAGGAAGUUGUCAAAUGUGUUCCGACUGCUGGACGACUUUGGAGCGUCGGCGUUCAUCGUAGCUGUCGGCGUUUGUACGCGCUCACCUUGCUGCCUGUACAGGAAGUCAGUGGACCCAACAGACCCCGACGCCCUUCCAAUGGAAAAUUGAGAAGCGCCGGAGAAAUGCACUUGAACAGUUUUGGACUCUCGUUUUUAAUGACUGCUCGCCGUUCCCCUGUCGGCGCCCUUGACACGCUGACGGGAAGUCACCUGACACACACACACAAAAAAACUUUGGGACUUCAUCACGUGCUCGACUACUUUGGACUUGAUCAGGACUUUCAAGAAAAAGCAUUUUGAGGCUUGCUUGCACGUAAAGUGGAUUUGUGCGCAAUUGGUCAUAAAAUGCGAUCUGAGUGGCAACAUCGGACGUUGGCGCGCGACCCCGGGCGGUCGGUUCCCUCGUUGCCUCAGCCGUGCGCCCCCCGAAGCUUCGAUUGGCAGACAGAUGCUCGUCAGUUUUCAUUUUCCCCCGGAUGAUAGUCGUGAGUCCAGGCCCUGAGGUAAGAAAGCUGCCCCAAACCCUGAUGCUUUUCACCAUGUUGCCAUCUUGUGUUCAACUUUAUAUUUGCACCACCGUGUCUCAAAUCUGCCAGUUACAUCAUCUUUAUCGUACGUUUGUGAGCAGUCACCUCGUCAUUUGGGGUUCUGGAUGCGGCGCUUGGAGUGGUCUCUGUGGGGGGGGGGGGGUCUUUUCCCUCCUUUCCACAGUUGAGUUGGGUGCCUUCCGAUAGUCUCGACGCACGGAGCUCAAAGAACAAGUUCCGAAGAAAACGAAACCUCGUGAGCCACGACAUUCGUUUAUUUAUGCCCGUGUCCUUGCCCCUCCACGUCGCGGUCGUAAAUAGUCGUCACGAUCCCGCCACGAUGGCCGGGACCAAUUCCUCACCCGAGAAUAAUCUUGUGGGAUCGUUUCCCAAAAGGUGAUCUCGUCCCGCGUUUGCCGUCCUCGGGCGGGGCGGAGCGAAAUCCGCCCCGUCGCCCCCGCGCGCCUCGGCUGACCGACGCCUGACGUUUUUGGGAGCCGUCGCCGGCCCGACAGGAAGAGUUCUUUGCGACUGACUUUGAAGACUGCUCGCUCAAGGCCACUUUUUCGUCUCUCUCGUCUGACUUUGUCCAAAAUACGCUUGAUUUUAUUUUGGAGAAUUGAGAGUUUUUCUCUCCUUUGGUGACGAGCAUCACCACUUCCUGCUUGUUUGCCAUGAGCAAAAUAUUAUUUUCAUUUUCUUUUACUAUAAUGGUGGAUCAGCUAGUAAAGCGUUGGCCUCACAGUUCUGAGGUCCCGGGUUGGAUCCCGGCCCCGCCCGCGUGGGUUUCCUCCAACAUCCCAAAAAACAUGCAACAUUGAUUGGACUCUUAAAUUGCCCCGUCGGCGUGAUUGUGAGUGCAUCUGUUUGUCUCCAUGUGGCCUGCGAUUGGCUGGCGACCAGUUCAGGGUUAGAUGACAGCUGGCAUAGGCUUCAGCACCCCGUGCGACCCUUGUGAGGAUAAGCGGUGAAGAAAAUGGAUGGAUACGCAAUUAUUUCAUGAAAUGCUGCCGCUUCCCCUCAUGUAAAUGUUGUCAACCCUAUUAGCAAUUUAAUGAGUAGUGAAUUGUUGAGAAAUUGACGCUGCGCUGCGCUAAAAAGGUUGCCGGCGCAAUUUUACCUGAAUGAAGGCCAACUCACUUCAACAUAGUUCCUCAGCGCCGCGAUCCCUGAUCACAAAAACAGCAAACGGGUGAACCUUUCCGCAAAUAAUUGAGGAUAGGUUGAGAGAAAACUGGGCAAUAAAAAAAAAAGUAGUUGCUGAAGUCCAAGAAGUGUCAUUUGCUGUCCGUGCAAAUCAUUUCUUCAUUCAUGAAGUCGGCACGUUUCAGCACCUGAGGAAAGUCAUGCAAACAAACAAUGGAAUCAAACGUCAUCCCGGCUAAAUACUCGACUACGAUACGCACAGUAAUUGAGUACUGCGACAAAAUGUCUGCACUUGUUUGUCGCCGAAUUUGCAACAUUUUCGUGUUUUGACACUCGCGUCGUUUUCGUCCACGCCACACGAUGGCGCCCUCUUCUUUUAUUUCAUCCGUUUUUGUUGCUCGUUGGGGUCUUUUCAUGAAAACGGACCAGAAACGGCUCCGCGUUGUCAAAAUCAAACAUCGCACGUAACAAUGAAUAUCAAAGUAUUUUGUUCAAAGAGCAACUUGACAACAUCCUUAAAAAAAAAAAAAAUCCAUUUGUGGAAUCAUGAUUUCAUUGUUGUUGAAUUCAGGGUCAAUGCUAGCAAACAUUUGGAGCUCUACUGUGAAUAUUAAUUAGUUAAUUAUGAUUAGUGUCCCCACUAAUAAUUGUGUGUGUGUGUGUGUGCACGAGAGGAAAAAAAAAUAAAAGAAAAUUCGUGGCAAGGA